AUGUACGUGGGCUAUGUGCUGGACAAGGAUUCCCCCGUGUACCCCGGCCCCGCCAGGCCCGCUAGUCUCAGCCUGGGCCCGCAAGCCUACGGCCCUCCGCCCCCGCCCCCUGGACCCCCGCAGUACCCUGAUUUCACCGGCUACUCUCACGUGGAGCCGGGCCCCGUGCCCCCUGCAGCCUGGAGUGCGCCCUUCUCUGCGCCCAAGGACGAAUGGGCUGCUGCCUACGGCCCGGGCCCCACGGCUCCCACCGCCAGCCCGGCCCCGCUGGGAUUCGGGCCCCCUCCGGACUUUGGCGCGGUGCCCACGCCCCCGGGGCCUGGCCCGGGUCUCCUGGCGCAGCCCCUCGGCGGCCCAGGCACACCUUCCUCACCCGGAACGCAAAGGCGGACACCCUACGAGUGGAUGCGGCGCAGUGUGGCGGCUGGAGGCGGCGGUAAGACCCGGACCAAGGACAAAUACCGCGUGGUUUAUACCGACCACCAGCGCCUGGAGCUGGAGAAGGAGUUCCACUACAGCCGUUACAUCACCAUCCGGCGGAAAUCAGAGCUGGCCGCCAACCUGGGGCUCACUGAACGGCAGGUGAAGAUCUGGUUCCAAAACCGGCGGGCCAAGGAGCGCAAAGUGAACAAGAAGAAACAGCAGCAGCAGCCUCCACAGCCACCCCCACCAGCCCAUGACAUCACCCCCACCCCAGCAGGGCCACCCCUGGGGGGCCUGUGCCCCAGCUCGGCCAGCCUCCUGGGCGCCUCCUCCCCAGUGCCUGUCAAGGAGGAAUAUCUUCCAUAG